CUCGCACCUGUGUGUUUGCGCAUGUGCAGAAAUCCCUGCAUGAUUUUCUUGUUGCUGCUUCGGAUAUGUAACGUUCUCAAUCAUUACGUUACAAACAAAACUUCAACGUGGAUCUAACUCACCAUGAAAACCAGGUUUACCACCGUGGACAUCCGGGCAGUUAUUGCCGAGAUCAAUGCCAACUACAUCGGCAUGAGAGUGAAUAACGUUUAUGACAUCGACAAUAAGACAUAUCUGAUCCGUCUCCAAAAGCCCGACAGCAAAGCCGUUCUGCUGAUAGAGUCCGGGACCCGCUUUCACUCUACGGACUUCGAAUGGCCCAAGAACAUGAUGCCUUCAGGCUUCGCUAUGAAAUGCCGGAAGCAUCUGAAAGGCCGGCGGCUGAUUCAGGUCAAGCAGCUGGGAAUCGACAGGAUCGUCGACAUCCAGUUCGGUUCCGACGAAGCCGCCUACCACCUGAUCGUCGAACUCUACGACAGGGGUAACAUCAUCCUGGCGGAUCACGAGUACACCAUCCUGAACCUGCUGAGGUUUCGCACCGCCGAGGCCGAAGACGUGAAGAUAGCGGUGAGGGAGCGGUACCCGGUGGAGAGCGCCCGGCCGCCAGAACCGCUCAUCACUCUGGACAGGCUGUCAGAAAUCCUGAGCAAAGCUCCACAUGGAGAGCAGGUGAAGAAAGUCCUGAACCCUCAUCUGCCCUACGGAGCCAUUCUGAUUGAACACAGUCUGAUGGAAGCCGGCCUGCCAGGCUCCUUAAAAGUCGACAGUCAGGUCGACGUCGCUGAAGUUGCUCCUAAAAUCCUGGAGGCUCUGCAGCUCGCUGAGACGUACAUGGACAAAACGGAGAAAUUCAGCGGAAAAGGUUUCAUCAUUCAGAAGAGAGAGAAGAAACCCAGCUUGGCUCCUGGGAAACCCGGUGAAGAUCUGCUGACGUACGACGAGUUCCACCCGUUCCUCUUCGCCCAGCACACCAACAGCCCCCACCUGGAGUUUGAGACGUUCGACAAGGCGGUGGACGAGUUUUUUUCCAAGAUGGAGAGCCAGAAGAUCGACAUGAAGGCCCUGCAGCAGGAGAAGCAGGCUCUGAAGAAGCUGGAGAACGUGAAGAAGGACCAUGAGCAGCGGCUGGAGGCGCUGCACCAAGCGCAGGAAGUGGACAGAGUGAAGGGCGAGCUGGUGGAGAUGAACCUGGCGGUGGUGGAGCGGGCGCUGCAGGUGGUGCGCAGCGCGCUGGCCAAUCAGGUGGACUGGACGGAAAUCGGCGCCAUCGUGAAGGAAGCGCAGGCGUCCGGCGACCCGGUGGCCUGCGCCAUCAAGGAGCUGAAGCUGCAAACCAACCACAUCACCAUGCUGCUGAAAAAUCCCUACGUUUCUGAUGAAGAGCAGGAGAAAGAGGAGGAGAAGAUCAGAGUGGAGGAGAAAGGAAAGAAAAACAAGAAUAAAGGGCAGAACAGGAAGCUGCAGAGGAACAAGCCGAUGCUGGUGGAUGUGGAUCUGGGCCUGUCUGCGUACGCCAACGCCAAGAGAUACUACGACCACAAACGCAGCGCUGAGAAAAAGGAGCAGAAAACCAUCGAAGCUGCAGGCAAGGCCAUGAAAUCUGCAGAGAAGAAAACGCAGCAAACCCUGAAGGAAGUCCAGACGGUCACCACCAUCCAGAAAGCCCGAAAGGUCUACUGGUUUGAGAAGUUCCUGUGGUUCAUCAGCUCUGAGAACUACCUGGUGAUCGCAGGGAGGGACCAGCAGCAGAACGAGAUGAUCGUCAAGCGCUACCUUCGCUCAGGUGAGGCCGCCUGCUUGACCUCUGACCUGCACCUCUGACCUCUGACCUGAAGCUCUGACCUGUUGCUCUGUUUUUAAUUUUCCUAAAACAUUAAAAAUGUUAUUGGUAAAAAACUUAAAGUGUGUGUUUUUCAGGUGUCUAAGACGGCUCCCACUGGAGAGUAUCUGACCACUGGAAGCUUCAUGAUCAGAGGGAAGAAAAACUUCCUUCCUCCAUCCUACCUGAUCAUGGGCUUUGGCUUCCUGUUUAAGGUGGAUGAGCAGAGCGUGUUUCGGCACCGCGGCGAGCGAAAGGUGAAAACGGUGGAGGAAGACCUGGAGGAAGUGACAUCGAGAGCUGCUGAGCUGCUGGAGGAAGGGGAGGAGCUUAUCGGAGACGACAGCAGUAAUGAAGACCAGGGCAGAGCAGCAGACGAGGCGGAGAACCAUGAAGAAGCAGAAAUGGCCGCCGCAGCGCAGCCGGGCGACAUGGAGGACGACGGGAGCGACGAAGACAGCGGCGUGGAAGACGACACCAAGAGCGACCAGUUCAGCUUUCCAGACACCUCCAUCUCCCUCUCCCACUUACAGCCAAUCAGGAUGGCUCACAAUCCCAGCUUCAAGAACGAAACGACGACUCAGGUUGAGGCGGAUUCACAAGGAAAGAAGCACAUGAGCGCCAAGCAGAGGAGAGAGGAGAAGAAGAAAAAGCAGAAACAGGAAGAUUGUGACGGCGAGGAGAAGUCGGAGGUUUCCUCUGUGGAUCUGGGGUCAAAAGGUGGAGGAGGUUCUUCUCAGCAGCCGCUGAAGAGAGGCCAGAAGAACAAGCUGAAGAAGAUCAAGGAGAAGUACAAGGACCAGGACGAAGAGGACCGGGAGCUGAUGAUGCAGCUGCUGGGGUCGGCCGGGGCAGCCAAGGAGGAGAAGGACAGAGGGAAGAAAGGAAGGAAGGGGAAGGGGAAAGAGGAGCCGGGCAGGAAACCACAGCCGAAACCGCAGCAGAAACCUCGAAACAUGGCCGCCGACGAGAAGAAACCGCAGCAGGAAGGAGGAGGAGGAGAGGAAGAGGAGGAAGAGGAGAAGCCGGCUGCAGAGCAGCAGCAGCAGGAGGAGAAGGAAGACGAGGCGGACCAGGACAACGCCGGAGUGGAGGAAGCAGAAAACCUGCUGACGUCUCUGAGCGGCCAGCCGCACCCCGACGACGUCCUGCUGUUCGCCGUCCCCGUCUGCGCCCCCUACACCGCCCUGUCCAACUAUAAACACAAAGUGAAGCUGACUCCAGGCUCUCAGAAGAAAGGAAAAGCGGCUCGGACGGCGGUGCUCAGCUUCAUCAAGGCUAAAGACGCUUCAGCCCGGGAGAAGGACCUGUUCCGCAGCGUCAAGGACGCGGACCUCUCCAGGAACAUGCCGGGGAAGGUGAAGGUGUCGGCACCAAACCUGCUGGCUGCCAAGAGGAAGUGAACCCGUCCGGAUCCGGUCCGAUCCGCUGAGGGAUUAGGUUCUACUGAUUCUACUGAUUCCAUUUACAGAAAUAUUAGAAAUAAAAAUCUGAAGCCGA